AUGAUCUGGUUUAGCACGACGGGCACCCACCCGAGCAUUGUACAAGGCCAGGCCACGGUGCGCUCCGUGUCCGACGCUGGCGCCUUCCGAAGCCUGGAGCUGGCCUUUCCCCAGGAGGCGCUCUCCGGCAUCUCGAUCGGUGCCAGCGUGGCGGUGAACGGCACCUGCCUGACCCUCACACGACAGGAUGGCGACACCGGCUGGUUUGACGUCAUCUCAGAGACCCUCGCCCGGACCACGCUGGGUAAUCUGGCCCCAGGUAAGCCCGUCAACUUUGAAAGGGCUGCACGAUUUGGCGACGAGAUCGGCGGGCACACCGUGUCUGGGCAUAUAUGCACCACGGCAUGCAUAGCAGCAGAUGCGGUGACAGAGCUGAACCGGCGGCUUGAGUUCGAGCUUGCGGACGCCUCCUGGAUCAAGUACAUAAUGCCCAAGGGUUUUGUCAGCGUGGACGGCUGCAGUCUGACGGUGGGAGAGGUGACCUCGACGUCCUUCUCAGUCUACCUUAUUCCAGAAACCCAGAGCACUGAUGUGGAGCGGACCAUCCGUCACGCCAAGCGUGCGGCCCGGAGCGAGCUGAGCGUGACCGGUGGGGGCUGGAGCAAGCUCGGCCUGGCCCAUUCGAAUGUCCUGCAGGUGGGCGCAGACUUCCCCAACACAAUAGCACGCGUGGAUGCACGCUCCCUGACCGCCGAGGAGUUUGCCGUCAGGUUCGAGUCCCCUGGAGUUCCCGUCAUCCUCACCGGGCUGACGCGCGACUGGCCGGCGAGCCGGGAAUGGACGGACGCCCGGUUGCUGGAGAGGUAUGGCGACCACCGGUUCAAGGUCGGGUCGGAUGACGACGGCUACGCCGUCCGGCUGUCCCUGCGUGACUUCCUGUACUACCGGGCCAGCAGGGAGCACGGCCGCCUCGACGACUCCCCCCUUUACAUCUUCGACGGCAGCUUCGCCACCCGGCGCGGCAGCCGCAGGCUGAGGCAGGACUACUCCGUCCCGGCCCUGUUUGCCGAGGACCUGAUGCAGCAUGCGGGCGAGCGGCGCAGGCCCCCUUACAGGUGGUUGGUCAUGGGCCCGGCCAGAAGCGGGAGCGGGGUCCACAUCGACCCGCUCGCCACCAGCGCCUGGAAUGCGCUGCUCCGGGGUCACAAGCGCUGGGCCCUGUUCCCCCCCGGCACGCACCGCGAGGUGCUGAGGCCGCCGGGCUCCGACCGCGAGGCCUCCUCCUGGUUUGCCACCGUCUUCCGGGCCAUGCUCGGCCCCGGGGACACCAUCUUUGUGCCCGCCGGCUGGUGGCACGCGGUCCUGAACCUGGAUGACACACUGGCGGUGACCCAGAACUUCUGCAGCAGCGUGGGAUUCGCAAGGGUAUGGCGGCACACGCGGCGCGGCCGCCCCAAGAUGAGCCAGCGCUGGCUGGCCAGGCUGCGCCUGGCCAGGCCCGAUCUGGCCGCCCAGGCGGACGAUGCCGGCGCCCAGCCGGGAGAGGGGCCGGACUCCGCAAGCUCCUCCUCAUCCUCAAGUAGCAGCAGCAGCGGCAGCGGCUCGUCUUCGUCCUCAAGCAGCGACGAGGAGGACGGAGAGGCAGAGGUGGGAGGGGAGUCUGCCAUGGCCAAGAGGCCGAGGGUGGGGGCCGUGCCCGUGGUAGAUCCUCCGCCCAGCCACGAUGCCGUACAGCAGCCUACCAAGGAGGACUUUAUAGGAUCAGCGACCAAUGUGGGCGUGGAUGUGCAGGCAACAAUGUGA